UGCAGUUUGCACCGGUGGUUGUAUAAAUCUCAUACAACAAUGUAAACAUAUAUCCCUCGAAGCCAGCUGAAAUAAAUCAAGAAAAUUCAUAACAAUCAAAAUUAUGGGAUCGCAGUCACAGCCCAAGAUCCCUGUUAUAGAUAUGUCAAACGAAAGUUUGAAGCCAGGCACAAGCACCUGGCUCUCUACAUGCAACGAAAUACGCCAUGCAUUUGAAGAGAUCGGGUGUUUUGAAGCAAUUUAUCGUGAAGUUCCUUUGGAACUUCACAAUAAUGUCUUUGCCACAGCUGCAGAAUUAUUUGGUCUCCCAAAUGAGAUAAAAAUGAAGAACAAAAGCACCAAGACAUACUUCGAUUACUUCGGACAAUAUGCUUCCCUCCCACUCUAUGAAUCCUUGGCCAUUGAUAAUCCAACAAGUCUUGAAUCAACUCAAAGUUUCACCACCUUCAUGUGGCCUGCCGGAUAUCAAGGCUUUUGUGAAAGUGCUCAUUCCUACGCGGAACUAGGGGCGGAGUUAGAAAAAAUGGUGAUGAGAAUGCUGUGCGAAAGCUAUGGACUUGAUGAUAAGCAUUAUGAAUCUUACACUAAGUCAGCUAAUUAUCUUCUUCGUUACUUCAAAUAUAGAACUCCGAAGGCGAACGAGACAACGGUGGGCUUAAACCCCCACACAGAUAAAACCUUGAUAUCCACAAUUCAUCAAAGUCAUAUUAAAGGUUUGCUGAUCAGAACCAAGGAUGAUGAAUGGAUCGAUAUUGAGCCUUCGUCCACAUCUUUUCUUGUCAUGGCAGGCGAUGUACUCACGGCAUGGAGUAAUGACAGAAUACGACCUUGUUGGCAUAAAGUCAAUAUGACUGCAAGAGAAACGAGAAUAUCAAUGGGAUUAUUUUCUUUCAUCAGUGGAACAGUAAAUAUACCUGAAGAGUUUGCAGAUGACACUUGGCGUUUGCGGUAUAAGCCGUUUAACCAUUUUGAGUACCUUCGUUUCAAUUCUGAAGCAGAGCCUAAAGGAUUGCCUUCUACUCUCAAAGACUAUUGUGGCAUGUGACAGAUCUUUUUUUAUUUAAAAGAACCAAUAAGCUAUGCUUAUGAGGGCUGAUAAAAAUUUCAGCACAAGAUUAUUUGGUGCAAAGUUUGUAAAGUUUGUGAAUUGAUUAUUAAAAGCUUCUUAUCUAGAAUAAAAGUCGUGUUGUG